CCCAUUUUGGUGGGCCUCCAUUCCCCGUCAGCACAAGGUGCAGCCCUGUUUCUGUGCCUUGCAGAGGAGCCGUGAGGUUUCCUUCUCGCUUGAGAGCCCUGGGAGACCCCGGGGGUACAACGUCGCUGCUGUUGUAAAGCACCGCCCAGUCAUCAACAGACUUCUAUCCUCAGAAAAGCCCCAUGUGGCAUCGCUGUCCCCGUCCUCGAGGUGGGGACGGGUCAGAGGAGAGGUGGAGGAGCCAGGGACGAGGUGAGCUGUGGACUUUGGCACCACAAAGGUGGCCCUUGUUCUCCUGUGAAGUGCGCGAUCCCUCCCACAGCACGGGAAAAGAGAAAGUGGUAUUUGCUUUCCGUCCAUUCAGGAUCCUCUGCGUGAUUGGGGUGUGCGUAAACUGGGGACAGCUGCUUUUUGGGGAUGUUUUCAAGGGAGCUGAUGUCGAGCGGGAUGAAAUGGCAGCGACUGUCGCUUAACAUAGACAGGGGCACAAAUCCUUUCUGCGGGAGAUGACCCGGGCCGUGUGGUGCCCACAACAGACGCGUUAAUUGGUGUGUAACACUCAACAGCAUCCGAGCAGCAUGGGGAUGAGCCAGUUGAGACAAAAAGAAGGAAAAUUGUAAACUGGUCAUUACCCAUUGUAACUCUUUGAAGUCCUCCCAGAAGCAGUCCCCAAAAGCCCACCAAAACCCAGCGGGUUUAUGCUGAUGCCCGCCCGCGGUGCGGCCGGCCCAGGCAGAGGGUCUGUGCCGGGCGCUUUGCCGCUGUAAGCGUCGUUUGCCCUUGCAGAGGUCAGGUUCUGGGAGGCCACUUGCAGAGCAAAUGCCUUCGCUGCGCACUUUGUCCUGGCGAACUGGAAGAACCUGACGGACUGGUGAAGCGGGGACCCUGCAGCCGGCUCCUGCCGGGACUCACUUGGGCAUUUUUUUUUCUUCCCUCCAUCGUCCCAGCGGAACUGUUAGAGUUUAUUAGGCAGACCGGAGCAAUGGCCGUUUCGUAGGGCUGCGGGACAUCCCCAGGCUGCGGCUGCCACGAGGGCGAGGUUCGGAGCUGCUCGGCUCGCCCGGCUGGCCCGGGAGGGAAACUCCACGUCGCACGCGACGGUAGCACAGCUGGAUGGAGGACCUGCCCCCCUCGCAGCAUUGCCGAGGACACGGAGAUGCAUUUUAAUUCUAGCUAGGGAAGUGGGGAGAAGUUAAGUCUUAUCCGGAAAAAGAAAACGAGUCCCUCAAUAUGGGAAAUAUGGAAUAUAAGCAGAACUCCAAAGGUCCUACCUAGAAACAUCUUUCUGAGCCCUUCAGGGUGUCGGGGGUCCCUGUUUCUAUUUACGUGUCCAUCUCCCACCGCUUCCUCCCGUGGUGGCACCUGAGGCUGUAGAAACCUCCCUUCUUGCCAGAAACCUUCCUGGAUCUGGAAACAGCACUUUUUUCGCCAGGCUGGGCAACGCUUGCAGAAUGACGUCGCAGACCCUCGCUCGGGAGCGUUUGCCCUGGAGCUUGAUUUAAGGCCUGAGCUCUCCUGGCAAAACCCAGGAGCCGCUGCUGCGAUACGCUCCCUUGAGCAGGCUGGGGAGAAAAGUGCAGGCCAGAAACUUAGGUUUUAUCACCCUGUAAUGCCCAGAGGCUCAAACCCGUGACAAAAGUCUCACUGGUCAAGGCAACGACUAAAAAAAAAGAAGAAAGGGGGAAAAAAAAAAAACCCAAACCUGUCCUCUCUCGAGAUUACCAACUAAACCACCUGUGAGCUGCAAUAAUUCUGCAAAAGGGUGCUCUCAGGAGUGUUUUUUACAGUGAAAGUAGUCAUAAAUAAUAAUAAAAAAAUGCAUGUGUAUGUGUUUUACAAAGCAAGGGAAAAAGUUCUCCUCUUCAAGCCCGUAGCCUGUGAAUAAUUUGUGAACAAGAGAAGCAGCUCCAUCUAUCUUGCGCUGUAUUCGUUACAAAUCAUUCGCUCGUGUGUAGAUCUUCCUGCCGGGGUGGGAGCAGCAAAUCCUCCUGCAGUUUUUGUCUGCUGGAAAACUCCUACGGCUGAACACGAAAAAUGGAAUGGGUUGGACGCUGCUGGAUGGAGAACCUGACCCUGCCUGUUCAUAUGGGAUGGAGUGACUUGGCCAAGGCCAGCCUUGGAGUCGUUUCCAGAGGGAGCUGUGUGAUUUCCAGCGUCGUCCCCAAGCACCAUAGAUGCAGCAAUUGCAGAACAGCUUCUAAAGAGACUCGGGGCUCCAGAGUUGGAAGGGUUUGUGUCUGUGACCAUCGUCCCUCCUGCAGCACGGUGUGCUUGUGGGGGCAGCUGGAGACCAAGGAUCCCCUUUGCCCGGAGGCACAUUCCAGCUGCGGGGGAGCAGAGCGGGGCUCAGAAGAAUCAGACACUGGUUUGCAUCAGACAGAUGGAGUAGUCUUCUGCUUUGCUGUGUUCUUCUCCAUCCAGAGGGAUAUUCUCCAGGGACAGAGGCCAAGCCCUACAUAUCCUGUGCAUAACUCGGGGAAGCCACGGAGUUGGUGUCUUUGGAUUGUCGAGAUUGCAAAGGAAUUUAAAGCUGGGAGGAAAUCACUUGCUGAGUCUCACACAGCAACAGCGGUGAAAGGCUGGAGUCCUGAGACCUUGCGUCCAACCCCAGGGGCACCAUUUGCUUGGCAAAAAGCUACUUCAUAUAGAAACAUCACGUUGCUUUUGUUUGCGAUGGGAUUCAACUUAUACAAACACAUGAAGAGUCCACCUGCAGCCUACAUCGUAGCAGGGUUCGCUGAGACGCAGCACUUUCUUUCCCGCAGCAGUUUUGAAGAGAACCGGUCCUUGAUUGCCUGACGUGAUGGUGGCCGGCAGAGCGAUUAACAUAUACUUGGUUUGUACUUUCUCGGCUCCUUCCCGAUUUCUUUGAGGAAUCUGGCGCACCAAUGGCCAUAAAAAACCAGGUUAGCGCACAGUAGAGGCUUUCAUGGACACUAAUCUUGAUGACAAAAUUAUUCGAACAAACACUUCUUCUGUCACCAAUAUAUAUUAUGUAAAACCUUGUGACUUUGAUUAUGUGUCUAUAAUACAGAUUAGUCUGUUUGGGUGUUUGGUGCUGACCUCCAAUAAGCUCCUAAAGUAUUAGCAAGAAUUUGCAAGUGACAGGCAGGCAGAGGUGCUGCUCUGCCUAAUCCCGCUCUGGAAACUCUGACUAUGUAUGUCUGAACAGUUUCUGUUGCUUUCCUUAAGGCACUCGAUUAUUCCUUUCUCUGCCCUCUCCCAACUGCCUUUGUCUUUCUCUCCACUGCUUUCACGUAUCGCAAAUGUUGGAAGAUUUUGCUAACCUUAUGGGCUAGAGCCAGGAAGACAGCGAGAACAAAUUUAGAAUAGGAGGCAGAGAAUGUACCAGCUGGGAGGUGAUGCUGUCAAUCUCCAUGGAGACCUCUUUCGUUACAGCUUUGCUAAUUACUCUGUUGAAUUGUAUAGAGUCCAUUUGAAAGCCCAUCCAAGUCAAGGGAGAGUUUCUAAUUGACCAGCCAUGGUGUCUCAGGACCACGAAGAUUGCAGAGGGCGUAGCCCCUACAUGUAACCCAUUAUGAUUUGCUUUUGUGGCUUUCUCCUUGACGGCCAAAACGCAACCUAAGGAGAAUUUAGACACCUUGAUCUGGUCUCCUGUAUGGGGCCACCUUCUUCUAAAGAAGAAAGCCCCGCAGAAACAAAUGUAGACCUUGCCUCAGCAAAACAAUUUUUUUCUUUGGAAUGUAGGUGAACUACCUCCAUCAUCUUGUUAACAGCAUGCGCACUUUCCACAGGAGCCAGCUCCUGCAGGAGACGAUCUGGGACAAGGUCCACAGAAGCCUUUUGGCUCCGAACACCUAGAUAGGACAUGGCCCUACACAGGAAUUGGGCAACUACAUAUAUUUGCCCCGUGUCCUCCAGAUUAGCCUUUUCAGGGCUUGGGACAGCAAAGCGAGGGACUGCAGACACGGGCAGAGAGGAAUGGAGCCAGAUGUCUGGAGAAAAAGCUAAGGCGGCCCCUCAUCUGCUCAGUUUUCUGGGUUAGGACAUCUCUUAGCUGAGAAGGGACUGGGUUCAUGCCUGGGGACCCUACCCACAACCGCAACAGCAACCCUCAGGGGGAGAAGUUUGGAUCCACGGCACUGCAGCUCAGGCUUGUCAUUACAUGAAGCCAAACUGGCUUUAGACACUAAUCCACUGAACAAUUUCCAGUUGUUAUCAAAAUCUAUUGGACUUCUUAACCACGAGUCCCUGAGCUGAUGUACCACCCCCCUCAGGUUCUAGUUCUCUGACUUGUUUGCGCAGAAGUUAUUUGUUUGUCCUACAAAUAAGUACAUUCUUAAAUUAACAAAUGAAAAAAAAAAAAUGAGCCGCGCACCGUGCGUAAUUUCGAAAGGGAGUUGGCUGCCUGAGCAGAUCCUUCCCCUGCAGGUAACCGUUCCCCCAAAUAUCAAUGUCAGUUUCCAAACCCCCGUCAAAUUUCACUCCGUGCUGCAGGCGUGUGCGUCUGUGUGUGCUCACACCGCCUGAAAAAUCUCAUUCUUAGGCACUCAGCUUCCCUCCAGCCCCUGCGGGAUGCUCAGCCAGGCCGAAAAAUCCAUGGGAUAGCUGGUUGCGCUGCAAUUCAGGGAUGCUCCAAGUGGCUAAGACCUGUCCUAAACCCCAUCUGUACCCCAUCGUUGUUGCUUCUCGGCGAUUUGGCGAAAAAAGCCACGAUUUAAGGUCAAAAGAAAGGUGAUCGGUGAGUUCCCUGCAAUUUUGCAAUUCAUUGGAAGGAUUUAUUUCUCUCAUCAAGAACAGAGAAGCUGAAGGAAGGGCCCCAGACACCCUGCCUCAGGUGCUCUUCUUCCUGACACCAGACAGCUGGAAAUUAUUGGGUUGAAAGCUCGUUACCUUUGGCUCCUCUGACAGUAGGUAGAACACAAUAGGCAUCUCCAGAGGAUGAUUUGUCUGCGCUAUUCUUAGACACCUGCCCCGGGAUGAGAUGAAUCAGCCUCCGUGCUGCACGCUUCUUCCCAUGGGCACAAAGCGAGCAUUGGGUGACGCAGGCUCAGACUUGGGAACGUGGAGCUUCGAAUUUAACCUAAUUCACCUACAAACUCUCACGCAGGGACUUCCACGGGGCCAGCACAAAAACUGGUAUGAUAGAAACUCUUUCUCCCAUGUGACUUUGACUUCUCCUCCUGAGACCAUCUCCUCCGCAUCCAAACACCAGUGAAAGGCCCAAAAUAAGCAGCAUGUAUUAGUUUAGAUCUAGGUGAAUAUUGGGCUUGACGUUUAAUUCAUUCUAUCUUUAUUCUCCACCAGUCCUGCAAUUUCCCUGGGCUUUAAUGCCAUAAUGGCUUUAAAUCUGUGUGUGUGCGUGCGCGUGCACAUUAAGUACUAUGUUUAAGGUUUCUGACUAUCCCUAAAUCUUACUUCUAAUGCCCUUACACAAAUGCAGGGUUGGUUGAAAUUGCCAGAAACAUUACUUCUGUGGACUGGGUGUUUCAAGUACGAUCGUACAACUGUAUCACUGUGUAACGGGGAAUGAAGCCUUUAAAAAGAUGUUUAAUAAUAAUUUUAAAUGGCUAAGAACUUGGUUAAAGGAGUUGGGGAAUGAAACCUGAAAUACAAAAGGAACGAAAAACUUCAUAAGCCUUAAAAAAAAGGCAGAAGCAAAGACCAAACAGACAGACCAUGGUUUCUCCAAAAAAGGAGAAAAGAACCAAUCCAGGAGCUUGCAAAAAGACAGAUAUUAAAACUAAACCAAUAGAAUCUGGAAAACAUGCUUUUGAGGACAAAGAAUGGCCCAACUCUCCCCUGUGGUUACUCCCAGCAGCAGCAGGAUGUCCAAGCCAAGCGCUGGCACGUCCCAGCGCUCCCCACCGUUGCCCGCAGGCUGUCGGGGCUGCACCCACGGCUGGUGGAUGUGGAUCCCCCUCGGAUGCUGAACGCACAGCGAGCUCUGAGAACCAGAAAACCACCAACCUCCCCCCCCCCCAAAUUAUCACUGAUCUGAGCUCCACGCACAAACACUCCCGCAGUGGCUCAGCCUGUUCCUGCUGAAGGCCAAGGACGUUCAGCAGGGACAUUUGGGAGGCGAAGGGACUGCUCCCUUUUGUGCAGCCGAGCCGUGAGCACGCAGCAGUGGGUGCAAUUCCCAGCAGCUUCCAAAGGUGAUGGCUGGCCCUCUGCCCCUCUGCCUCCUUCCCUGCAUCCAGCUCCGCGCAGCCCCCGCUGCUCUCGGCAGGGAGAUGUAGGCACAUGUGCCCCACACAGGUACAGCCACUGUGGGGGCUUGCCAAGCGCGGGCACAAACCCAGCUGCCAUAUGGGAAAAGGGAUGGAAGGAGCAGGGAAAGAACCUGGUCUUGGCUUUGCUGGGGUUUUGGUGUGUGCAAUUCCAGUGCUGGUAAACGGGGAAGGCGCAGGAAGGCUCAUGGCGGCAGUGGGGAGUUUUGAGUCAAAGUGAACUCGCUGCUAAUCCUCUUCUACCCAGUCUUUCUUGCGGGAGGAAAUCUCAUGACUGCGGGGAGAAGUACGUUGUGUAACUAAGCAAUGGUGAGCCCGAGUUGCAUUUAACAGGGCUUGGCACAGGCAGGAGAGAGUAGGGUACUCAUCCCCAGAGAGCGUGAGAGAGACCGUCUCAGUGCAUCGCCCGCCGGCUUCGAGUCCUUAAAAGCCCUGGAGCGGCCUUGGGAGAACAGCUCAAGUAGAGGGAAAAAAAGAAAAAAAAAAAAAAAAAAAAGAAAAAAAGCCCCAAAACCCUAAAGGAAUCAGCUCACUGCCCAGGGCUUCCCUGCGCUUGCUGUUGAAACACUGCCUAAUGUCCCUUUGCACUGCGCGGAGCUUUGAAAUCCGCCGGAUCAAAGCCGUGUGGAGGCACUAUGGAUGUGGCGAGACAGAUUUAAAGGCAUUUUACAGUUAUAGCAAGAAGUGCAAAACUGCACGUCGGGCUCCUCUUGCUGUUCCACCGUGACAUCUAGUGGCACUCCGCAGUUUUGCUCAUGAACUAGGGCCGGUGUUGCUGUUUUCAGGCCUGCUCCUGUGCUCAUCUCCUGACCCAGCCGUCUGAGAAGCCACGUACGACUUUGGAAAAGGCUAUUUUGCCACUCUAUCCUAUUGGAUUUUUUUCCAGAUUUAGUAAGUUGGAAUUUAAAGCUUUCAGAGUGCGCAACAGAGCGUUCGGCUUCCUAGAGCGUAUCGCCGUGUCUCCGCAUUUGCGUGCCGUGUCUUUGCUUUACAGCUUUAUGCUACAGAUGCUGAAAAUAGACAAAAGGGGUCACGGGUUAAAAAGUGUGAUCAUUUAAGACAGCUUUUACUGAAAAAGGAAGCGAGUGAAAAUAAAAAGGUCUCGGUGACAGCAGCGGCCAGGUGAGAGCUGGGCUUCCAGGUCUCCAAGGUCUUGGACAAUUUGCAGUUGUCACCGGAUAAAUCUUGUUUGCAAACCAUUCUCUAGCAGAGUUGUUUCCCAUAGAGUUGCUCGUGUCUUUUGGUAUGAGCUGGGCAAAAUUUUUGCUCAGCCCGUUGCCGUCUCUUACGUGAGAUCAACAGCGUGUGCUCUGGUGGUAAAAAAGGUGCCACUGCGUCACCGUGUAACCUCUGUCAUAUUCGUUAAAGACGUCAGGGCCGUUUGUGCUCGUGGCGGUGGCUCACAGGGAUGCAGCUGACAGGUCUGGCCUGUGGGCCCCGGCCCCUCCCGGCUGAUUAAAGGGAAGAUGAUUGGCUGCAACCCAAGUCCUAAAUUAAACGGCACGUUAAAAAUAAUGUCACUAAUAAGGAAAGUAAGCAAUGGAAGAGGCACGGUGAGAAAAAAACCCACCUUAGUGCAAGUUUUUCAUUGGUAGCAGACACUGAUGCUAAACCAAGUUAAAAAGAGGUCCCCAACACAUGCUGCAGUGAUUUAGUUAGGAGAAUUAGAAGCACGAGCAACGUGCCAGAGGGGCAGGGCUGGGAAUUGGGUUGUGGGGGUGGGAUUUGGGGAAACCCUGGGUGAGUUUCGUUCCCAGCCCACGGGCUUUGAACCCGGCCUCAGGUUCGUGUCCGUCCAUGGCGGCCUCACGGCUCCAGGCAGGGGCCGGGCAGCGGCGCAGCUCGGGCUGUCCCUUGGGUGGGCGAGGGUGGGAAGAGACGUUCAGAGGAAACGCUUCGGCUCUGGUGUUUUCAGCCUCGCCGGGCCCCUGCCUCACCCCAGCGCCGGAGGGCGGGCUCCCUUCCCGGCCGGUUUGCCCCGGGCAUUGCCCCCAAGGGCCGCGGCCCGCACCCCGCCCCGGCCGCCAGCACAAGAUGGCGGCGGCCGUGAGGGCGCCGGCCGGAGCGAAGGGCCGGGGCGGCGGCGGGCGGCGGGGCGGAGAGGGCCGGGCGGCGCGGCGCUGAGGAGGCC